CAUCUAGCUAGUUACUAAUGAGACCAAUCAGCUAACAUUCUUCCGAUAUUAUCCUAUAUAAACAUCUCAAUCUCAACGUUUCAUCUAUCAAAAAGAGACCUCCUCCGGAUAAGGAAUCAAAAUUCAAGAGAAUGCACUCUUCCUAUUCUCUAUCCAAACGCCUAGUUUCUAUCCCUAUCUUGGCUAUACAACUCCUUCUCAUACGCAGCGUUUCGUCUCUGAACCUUACCAAUGACUAUCUCAACCACAAAUGCCUCGUCAGUGAAGGGAAAUAUAGGACUGGAGGUGAGUACGAGGAAAACCUCAACUUUCUCAUCCGACAAGUCUUAACCUAUGAUUAUCCCAGCGGUUUCAUACACAUCUCUCAGGGCGACGUUCCCAAUCUCGUAACCAUCAUAUUACAGUGCCGUGGGGACUCCUACGACUCCAAGUGCCUCUCCUGCUUUGACACAGCCCUUUCCGGGCUUCGUAAGAGAUGUCAGAGGAACAAAGGAGGAAUAGUAUGGUACGACCAAUGUUUUCUCUUUAUUACUUCGGCCAAAUCACCCCCAGGUCCAAGGAGAAAUGACUAUAAGAACAUUUUCUCCAUGCACAACCCAAAAAACAUGAUCGAGGGGACCGAAUCGUUCAACAAGAAAACAAGGGAUUUUCUCAACGAGCUGAUGGUGGAAGCCAAUACACCCAACAGGCCAAACAAAAACAUGUACCUUUACGCAGCAGGGGAGAAAAGGCUCGGGGCGAAAAAAUUGUAUGCAUUGGUGCAGUGUGCACAAGACAUAUUGGAUUGUAAAGGUUGUUUGGCAAGGAGUAUUAGGGAGCUUCCCAAGUGUUGUGAUGGUAAACAAGGAGCAAGAGUUUUGGGAACAGAGUGUAAUCUUAGGUAUGAAAUAUACCCUUUUCUUAGGAGUUAAAAUGUUGUUUGAUAA